GAGUGAAGGCUUAAACGUAAACAUCGCCGCCCUUAUAUUCCCGCCCAGCCCAGUAGCCCACUGCUCCUCCCAAAAUGUCUCUAGCCAUGGUAGAGAGGUCCCUUUUCAAAGACAAAGACGGCGGCGCCACCGCCUCAACCACCAUCGUCAAACACCGAUUCCUAGGGUUUCUAAUCUGGCAAGCUCUCCAGUCCACCGCUCUCCUCUUCUUCCUCAAAAACCUACUCUUUUCUCCCUUCACUACAAACCCUCUAACCCCCUCAUUUCUCAGCUUCUUCGCUUUCGUUUCCUUCCACGUCUCGCUCCUCCUCUUCUCCAUUUCCGUCUUCGUUCUCUCCACUCCUCAUCCCCGCCGCGCCGCUUCUCCACUUGAGCUCCUGCUCGCCUCAGCUCGGAUUGUUUUUCUUCCCAAUUCUAGCUCUCAGCCGCUGCUUUCCCCCGACUUCCGCGGCCGCGCCAGGGUUUCUCUCUGCUUUGUGCUCUUCGUGGGGAUUUGUAGCCUUUCCGCAGCUGUUUCGAUUAUCUCGGUUUGUUGGAGUUCUGAUGCUUUUAGUCAAUUGCGGCCCAGGAGGAUGGUUAUCGGGAAGCUAGGGUUUAGGGGUUUGGGGAUUGGGUUCUUCUAUGGAAUUCACUACGUCUUUAAGAAGAGAUGGAUAUUGCAUUUCCCAAUUAUUCAGCGUCCUCCUUUCUUCAGCUUUAAGAUGGGGAUUCCUUUAGCUAUCAGACGUGCUGUGAAACUUACAACAGUAGGUUUCAUCCUGUCAGCUUUUCUGGCAUUUGUUCAUCCCAACGAGCUUAAGGGCCAAAUGACAGCCUGGAAGUUCAUUACUGAACAGAUUUUAUUCUACAUGGGAACUUUUAUGGUGUUUCUGUGCUGGGAAUUAUGUCAUCAUUUACAUCAGGUUCUGCAAACAAAACGGUUCAUAUUUUCGCAUCCAAAAGGUUCUGCAGCAGCUGAAACAAAUCCAAGUGAGCCUAUUCUCGUCACAUUGGAAGAGAGCAUGCCAAGGUCCCUAUUGCAAUAUCUAGCAUAUAUUGACCUUUGCAUGGUUUGUGAGAAUAAUGUUGAUUCUUGGCGCCGAGCUGCACUUUUUGAAGAAACUGGUGAGACUUACAAAAGAGUAGUGGCUGUAUGCUUGAAACCUUUAGAGCAGUUCACAAGAAGUUUGGGUGAAGUAUUGGAUUGCUCUUCCGCAGAUCCAUCUUUCCAACUAUCUUAUCAGCUAAGGUCACCAACAGAACAAUUAGCAGACUCAAAACUCUAUGAAUCAUUUGAUGACAGCCAGCUUCUUGUGUGGUGUGCCCGCGUUGUAUCUUCUUUGACUGCACGCUCACACACAGAGGAUCGCUACGGGGUGGCUCAACUCUCUGGGAGCAAUGCUGCCGUUGUUUCAACAUUGUUGUCUGGUUUAUUAGCUGUUGAAAUCUUGAUGGGCAAGAAGACCAACUUAGAAUCUUCUCAAUAUCAAAUGGAUCCCACUGGAAUUAAGUGGGCAACAUUAAGCUCCGGCCGAGAAAAGUCAACGGCAUGGGUUACAGGGAGAAGAAAGGGGAGCCCUCUGUAUACAGAAGCAUAUUCAAUGGCCGAUAUCCUGAAGACUUCUAUUUACUGCAUUGUGGUUGCAUUCCAUGAUGAAAUGUUGACUAGUGCUAAAGCAGGAGCUCUCGAUAAGGACUGGAUCACCAGCAGCAAGCCUCUCUAUGGAACACGAGAGCUGCUUUUACAGAAAUUACGUCUAUUCCUUGAUUUCCGAGCUAAUUAGUGUUGCAGAGAUUCCUGCUUUUCCUGUGAUGAUGCACAAGAGAUGAUUUGAAGUGUAAACGGUGGUGGGAAAGAAUGUUACCCAUAUGAUUGUAACAUCACUUUCCGGCUGUAACUAGUCUUCUGAGGGUUGAAAAGGGCAGGGAAUGUUGAUCCUGUAACAUCAAUCAUCGACGAAGGGGUUGAGGAUUUGAGCUCUUCCAUGAUUCUGGUGGAAGUUCUGGCUCUAUAUCUAUAAACUGAAGUUUUGCUGCUUCCUUGUGAAAUUACUGCCUUGCCAUUUGAGUGAGUGAGACCAAGGACCUUUUAACUUUCUUGUUCCCCUGUCACAAGAUGUUUCUUAUUUUCACAUGGUAAUUUUACUCUUUUAUGCUGCCCCUGAUGCACGUGGAGUGUUCAUAAUUCAUAUAUACAUUAUGUUUUAAAUUCCCUCUUAUUCACAGGCUA